UAGUGCGCUGGGCAGCUGUCAGUGUGGACAGACGGCAGCGCUCUCCCUACUCAGCGGCACGAAGUCAGGUUUAACUCACAGCGCUGUACAUCUGCAAGUGUAGCCAAGGCCUUAGUGAGGUCAAAGAUUUGACAAGAAGUCAGGUAGAAAUUGCAGGAACUAGUGGUUGAUUUUCACCCCAGAGAUGGAAGCUAUGGUGACCUGUGGCCCAGGUAAACUAUUUUUAGAACCUUGCUCCCUUAAGUGGCAUUGGUCACACUCCUAAAGGAUGCCAUGAUUAAAUUGGGCACAACUGCCUUUUACAAUUUGGAUCCAAAGUUUCAUGAAGCACAGAGAGAAACAGCUGAUUCCCUCAUAGCCAUUCCAUGCCUAUGAGUCCCAAUCUGUCUGCCUUGUUGGACAAGAAGCAUUUCCAUGCUGGGCAAAUGAUUGUAGCCAGUCUGGGAAUGUAUCAGAUUCCAAGUUCAGACUGCAGGAUACAUGAAUAAUGCUAAGUCCAGAGUCUGUGGUUUGGUCUCUUAGAUUUGCUAUUAAGUCUAAUGCAUUUGUAUCAGUUCUCCUCCUGCUGUUACUUUGAAGGAUUAGAAAGUGUGAAAAUAGAGCACAGGUGGUUUUUCUCAUGAUGCAGCCUUCCCACGUAGUUUGAGACCCCUUCCACCCACACUUCUGGGAGAAGACCCGGGGAGAAAUGAACUCACAGAAAUGGAAGCCUCCUAGGUUAUUAUAGAAUGUGACUUCACACAAAGCUGACUGGGUGGAAAUGGGAAUUAAGAGAAAACUGCCCUAUCAGUUUAUAUUUUGUAAUCAUUGAAUAAGUUGUUACCAGCAACAAUGAAAUUAAACAUGAAGUUAAUUAGUGUCACAGAAGAGGUUGAUGAUGUGUUGCAAUAUAAUUCAGGUUUUCUUCUAUUUCUCUCCCUGCCGCCUCCUACUACAUAGGAAAUGGUGGAUAAUCCUGAAAUUAAAACCUCACUCCAAAGGAAUUAGAUUGGAGGAAUAUGUGAGAGAAAUAGCCUGUAUGAGAAUAGAGACCCAGUAUAGACUGUAAUUAUUUUUAUUUAAAAUGGAAUUUAUUUUGAUAAAUUUUAAAUCUUCUGUUAGGAGGAAAAUUACUUGACACAAGAUUUGGAACCUUUUAACCAGUUAGAAGGUAACAGCCACAGAGUUCUCCAGGUCUCUUGUUUGCAAAGCAAAGAUGUCACAUCAGGCAGGAGAUGUCAAAAUCUGAUGGCUGUGUGAUGGUAGCUUUCCUGGUUUUGUUUGUUUGUUUUUUGGUUUGGUUUGGUUUUUUAAUGUAAUUUAAAUUUUGCAACCAGAUAUUUUUGUAGGUGCUGAGCCCCUUUUCCUUUUGAGCACAGCUGUUUAACCCUCAGGCCUGGCUCUGGAAACCUCCCCAAAACUGGCCUUGUGUUUCUUUCAUGUUUGAUAUCUUUGGGGUUCACACAUCCACACUACAUGCAGUUCACAGCAUCAGAUACUUUGAGAAACCUGCUGGGUUCAGCGGGCCUUUUCCAAACUGACAUUGGCCCAAAGUCUGCCUCAAUUCAGCUGGAUUGGGACAUGUCUGUAUCAAAGGAGUGGUUCACAGCUGAUUUGUCCAGAGACCUCGGGGCAGGUGUGGUAAGAUAGGAUAAAUAGGAAUUCACAACAAUAAAGUUAAAGGUAAGGGUGAUAGACCUUCACCUUGCAGAUCAACAAGCCUGUUCUGUUCAUUCCCUCUGAUGCCUCUGGUACUGGUCACUCUCAGGCAGCACACUGGGCUAGAUGGACCAUUGGUCUGACCCAGUAUGACCAGUCUUGAAUUCUUAUGUAAGCCAUCUACAGCCUUGUCUACGCUGGCAAGUUUCUGCUUAGGAAAGCAGCUUUCUGCAGUGUCACUCCCGAGGUGUAUGCACUGCCAAGCCACUUACUGCGCAGAAACUGAGCAGUUGCAGCGCUGUAAAAAAAACCAUGCUGACGAGAGGUGAACAGCUUUCUGUGCCAGUGCUACAGCACUGUAGUGCCAGUGUAGACACCCUUGUCAAUUACAGUGCUGCGAUUAGCAUCCGGGAGGUGUCCCACAAUCCCUGCUCUUGCCUCUCUUUGAAUUCUACUGCACUGCCUUCAGGUGACCAACCAUGAACCCCACACCUUAAAUUCCUUGGGAAUUUUGAAAAUCCCCUUCCUGUUUGCUCGGUGAUGCAUGCAGCAGUCUCAGCACAUCUUUCCAAGUGGCCAUGCCUGCUCCACACACCAGGCAAUCCCUCGCUUGGAGCAAUGUUCAGCUGCUGGACCUCAUCAGCAUUUGGGGAGAGGAGGCUGUCCAGUCCCAGCUGUGCUCCAGCCAUAGAAAUUAUGAUACGUAUGGACAUAUUUCACGAUGCAUGAGAGAAAGGGGCCAUGACCAGGACACACUGCAAUGCAGGGUCAAAGUAAAGGAGCUGCAGAAUUCCUACUCCAUGGCACAGGAGGCAAACUGCCACUCUGGUGCUGCACCCACAAGCUCCCGGUUCUACAAAGAGCUGGAUGCAAUACUUGGUGGUGACCCCACCUCCACUGCGAAGGCCACGGUGGAUACUUCGGUGGCUCACGUGCCAGUCGAGAGUGGACCGAACCAGGAGGAGGAAAUCUUGUAUGAGGAUGUGGAGGCGGAGGGAGACCCAGAGGCAGAGGAUGAGGCAGAGGUCAAAGAUGCAUGCAGCCAGGAGUUCUUCUCUACCCCAGAGGAGGCUAGGCAGUCACAGCUGUUGGAGCUUGGCGAAGCGCAAACAGGAGAGGAGGCAACUGAGACUGUCCGGUUUGGCCAAUGUAUAUUGUUAACUGGCUUCCCUGCGAGGGAAGCUUUGAUGGACUCCAGCCGGGAAGCAUGUAAUUCCUCCUCCCGGCCACCGGGGGCGCUGCGCUAGAGGAGCCAGGUGGG